AUGGACCAGCUACCAAACGCUCGUGCUUCUAAUAUUGGGGGUAAUUGGCACUGGCCUCACCUUGGCUUGGGAAGGAAACGGUGCGAGACAGCCUUUCCUGAAGAAAAGUCUAUUCCAUUGCCCAAGUGCCUAUGCGAUUUACUUUUGCGAUUUUCUCCAAGGCCGGAUCUGAGUGGGAUCAGCUAUGGGCUUAUCCUCAGCACCCAAACAUUUGUGUCGCAUGCAGCAUCUUUACCGAACGAUGAGGGCGCGACAGCGGCAAUGUACGUGUUCAUGCGAAACCUCGGCGCAGCCGUUGGCGUUGGUAUUGGAAGCUCGAUCUUCCAGAAUGUCAUGAAGAGGAAGUUGAAAAAUCUUGAUUUUCCUUCUGAGAUUGCGCAGAACUCCGAAGCUUAUAUUGUGCUUCUCAAGACAAUCCCGGAUUCACUGUCCAAGGAGCAUUUGCUUGAGUCCUAUGUGUUCGGGCUCAGGUUGCGAGAGCAUAAGCCGAAGCAUUGGGGCAUAGCCAAUUAA